CUUGUCCCUGGCUCAUUGCUCGCCCAGCGCUCAGCGCAGAACACAAAGGCUUCCUGCACAUUCCCACUACAUCCUGUCACUGCUGCUUCCCACAACGACACAUUGUAGCGCUGCAACUCAACCCAGCCCUGCUAUACUUUAACAUUGUCCUGGAGGAAUCACAGGGUAACACUGCCCUGCAAGUCUGAGACCCCUCAGCAUCAUCACCCCAGAACUCUCCACACCCAGCUUUUUACUUUGCUCAAAGGCUCCUCUGAUCCCCUGGAAAAGGGGAGGGACCCUGGGACUUUUGCUUGAACCCCUUCUCCAGCCCAGGGAAUUAGGAAUUUCACUGGUAAAUAGUGGAAAGUUGUUGCAGAGACAGAGAAACAGACACAGAGAGACACAGAGAGACACAUUGCUGCUGGAUUCUGCAGUGGAAGGGACACAAGGGAGCUGAUGGAGUUUUGAUGCGGAAAGGCUGGAGGAGAGAGUAUGGUCAAACACCAACCGCUACAGUACUACGAGCCGCAGUUAUGUUUGUCGUGCCUGACUGGAAUCUAUGGUUGCCGUUGGAAACGGUACCAGCGGUCACAUGAUGACACCACAAGGUGGGAGCUCCUGUGGUUUGUGAUCCUCACAUUUACCUUCUUCCUCACACUCACCUGGUUUUAUUUCUGGUGGGAGGUUCAUAAUGACUACAAUGAGUUUAACUGGUUUUUAUAUAACAGAACAGGUCACUGGGAUGACUGGUCCAUUCCAAUCCUUCUCAUCACUGCUGCUGGUUUUACAUAUAUUACAGCACUCUUGAUAUUGGCACUAGGACACAUCGCUGUGGGACAGCAAAUGAACUUACACUGGCUCCACAAGGGUUUCCUUGGGGUGAUCUUGAUUGCGACGGUCAUCGCUAUGGUCUCCAUAGAAGAGAUGUGGGAGGAAGAGUGGGACGUUCUCUUUAUUUCCUUCCAGGCUACGGCUCCCUUUUUGCACAUAGGUGCUGUUGGCGCGAUCACCCUUCUGGCCUGGAUAAUUGCCGGUCAGUUUGCAAGAUCAGAAAAAGCCAUUUUUCAGAUGUUUAUAAUCAUCACAUACUUAGCUGUGGUAAUUGCACUUUAUUUGGUUCCGCUCACAAUUUCCUCGCCGUGUCUUAUGGAGAAGAAAGAUCUGGGGAUGAAACCGCGCAUAAUUGGACAUCGAGGGGCUCCAAUGCUUGCUCCAGAAAACACGAUCAUGUCUUUCCAAAGGGCUUUGGAGCACCAGGCUUACGGUCUAGAGGCCGACGUCAUGAUAAGCUAUGAUGGAGUCCCGUUCCUCAUGAGUGACCACACGCUGAAAAGGACGACCAACAUAAACAACGUCUUUCCAGAACUCUCCUUUCUACAUUCUUCCAUGAUCAACUGGACGGACCUUGAGAGGCUCAACGCUGGAGACUGGUUUGUGAAGACUGAUCCUUUCUGGACAGCGAGUUCCCUUUCUCCAUCCGAUGCCACCAAAGCAGAAAACCAAUCUGUGUGUAAGCUGAGUGAACUGCUGGUUCUGGCCAAAGAACACAAUGCCACCCUGUUACUGAAGGUCCAGCCUGUGCCAUUCGACCAUCCUUACGCCUCCAGCUACAUCAAUAUCACUGUCACCACCAUCCUGACUUCUGGGAUAUCCGAGAACCUUGUGAUCUGGCUCUCGGAUACUGAGCGAGCGCUGGUGACAGACAUGGCCCCCGGCUUCCAACUGGCGUCUGACCUCAAGAGAGACGUGAAAUCUCUGCGAGAAACGGGGAUCACCCUGCUGAACCUGCGCUACACUGACGUCACUACAGAGGAUAUCAGGGAAUACAGGGCAGACAACCUUACCCUAAACACUUACACUGUCAAUGAGCCCUGGUUGUACUCAGUACUGUGGUGCUCUGGAGUCCAGUCCGUCACAUCGGAUGCCCCCCACAUCCUUAGCAAGGUGCCUUUCCCCGUCUGGUUAAUGCCUCCAGACGAAUAUUAUAUUAUUUGGAUCACGUCGGAUGUCAUUUCCUUCACUGUCAUUGUAGGAGUUUUUAUAUUACAGAACUAUCAUUUGAUCAGGUGGAGACUUGGCAGUAUCCGCACAUAUAACCCCGAGCAAAUUAUGCUGAGCGCCGCCGUGCGCCGGAACAGCCGGGACGUCCGGAUCAUGAAGGAAAAACUCAUCUUUUCAGAGAUCAACAACAGCAUGGACACCGCAGAUGAUCUUUCUCUAUGUUCUGAAAACCGCUACGAUGGGUUCUCCAACAACGCGGUUACCCCUUCGACAGACGCUAAGCUGCACGCGAGCUAGGGACAGAGGGAUGAAAAACAAAAUGAAAUGAACCAUCUCUGUUUAUAAAGAAUUUUGGAAACUCCCUUGGCUGAUGCUUUUUUUUCUUUUCUUUCCGAGACAGAGAUAUUUUAUGGGACUACUUUAUUGACAGGAGUUUUUGUUUAUUUUUGCUAUAAUGGUUCGUUUUUUGGUUGUAGAAUUGGGACUGUGACAAUGUACAUAUGUAGAAAAUGUGUUUUUUGUGUGUGUUUGUGAAUAGAACAGAACGCAAGCGAGAAAAUGCCUCCGGAUUGGAGGGAGAACGUUGAAUGCAUCAGCCUGAGAAACACUCGACUCCUUCACAUCUGCGAGGGGCAACUAUAAGGGAACAUCAGGAUGUUUCUAGUAGAUACCAACAUUUGGUUAGUCACUUCCCAUUGACAACUGGUAGAAUGAAAAGCUCUGGAAUGACAAUAGUUGGCUGAAAAUGUACUGUUGAGUAAUUCCAGGCAAUAAUUGUGGAUGCCAAAAUACUCAAUACUUGCAAUCUACAUUCAGUCAUUCAUUACUAUUCCUGGUGUGCCACAGGGUUAUUAACUGAACUGCCAGAUUUUCUAUAUUUAUAUGGGUCUCAUCAUUUAGGUCCAUGUAUCAUAGAAAUUGAAUUGACUAAUUUUGCAUUUAUCAUUCAAUAUGCCAUGCCAUGAGCAUUAGUGGUAUAGUCUAUAAACCUACGCUUGGUUAGUAGAUUGGGGUAUACUCUUUGGCCAGCCCAUAGAUAAUAGACACCUGUAUUGUGACUGUUCCCCAAGAAGAAGACUUGCUCUUUCACCCUUUGCUUGGGUUGCCUCAUGCCUCCACUAAUAAUUUGAAAGCAACUAUGGCAUCAGCAAUUGCAUUUUGUAGACUUGUGGUCAUCUCAAGCCAGAACGUGGUCUCAAUCAUAAUGAAUAGUAAAGAUGUAGCUAUUUGCUCCAUCACUGUGAAACUAAUGGCAAGUCAAACAACUGCAGCAAUCUAAGUCUAUCCAGAGAUAUUUGGAACACAACAGUAGAAUGUCUUCCUGCUGAACACCGGCUUCCCAAGCCAUAGUAGUCUUGCCAAGUUUAUUGGGGACCACAGUGGGUCUUUUAGCUCAUAUAUAUCCAUUGAGAGGCAACUUGCGUUCAGGAAGCACUCAACAUAUGAAGAAGAAGAGGUGUACUGCUUCCAAUAAAUCCUUCUUCUUUGCCCCUUAUUGAAAGUGAGCAUGUCUUGAGGUCCCUCUAUAGCAGCAUUCCCAAGAUCCCCCCCCCUCAGUGGGAUUGUAUAAUGGCCAAGGGGGCUCAGUCUGAAGGUCAGUUUUUCUGAUGUCCUAGACAUUCUUAUAACUAUCGCUGUUUUCCUAUAUUCUCUUGUUAUGGGGAACAUGGGGCCCUUUGCUAAAACCUGGGCCUCUGAAGGAACUUAAAGUGAAAAAAGUCCACUUUCUCCCCUCCCGGGGUUUCAUUCUUGCUUGAGUCGCUGCAUUUUUAUGAUAAAAGUGGGGCUCUCCAUUUAGUGACGACACAAAAUGGUUACAUUUCAUAAUGUGGACAAUUCAUCAGAUCCAACCGAUAUGUUUACAUGGGCUGGUCUGCUCACGAACCACUACAGUUUUGAGAACGCUAGUUUUAUGAAUGGGCCCAUGGUACUUGUUUUAGUCAUUUUGAUAUUGUAAAUCCUACAUAAUGUGAAGAUAAUAAGUGGGAAAUGAUUAGUUCGAUACAGAAAUCAAUGUAGGAAAGUUCUUCGGUUUGCUUUGGUUAGCCCAUUUAGUCUAUAGAGUUUCAUACACAACUGUUUUUGAUCGUAUCUUAAGGACAAGCUUUGUUCUAGGACUGUUCCAUUUGUGAGAUAUGCUUGAGUCAAGAUUAAUUUCAUUUCAAGCAUCUGCAUUGUGUCUACAGAACAAAUAAGAUCUGGUGCUGUUGUACCAAAGGAAAAAAACUGGUCUUUUACCUCGUCUGGUGGGAGGUGGUACUGCAAAUAAUAGUAUUGAGUUGUUUCAACUGCCAUAACUUAUGAAAAAGGAGGACUACAAAACCUCAAGUGUUGCCUCAGUCACUCCUCUUUGUUUAUAGAGAAGGUCACCAGAUGACGUAUUGUAUUUGAGGUGAUCUGUUUGUAUCCAGACCAUGAAUAUUUCUUUCUAGAACAGCUGGACAUUUCUAGUGAUGGGCGAAUCUGACCUGUUUCGAUUUGCAAAAAAUUCGCGAAAUGACGAACAUUUGCCUAAAUGCAUUGAAGUCUAUGGGCUACAAAAUGUUUUUGACGCACUGACCAACUUUUGAUGCUCGACAAUUUUCAUAGCAAAACUUGGUGAAAAUGUUUGCUCCUCACUUGACAUUUCCAAUCAUGGGAUUUUUGAUAAAAGUAGCCUAAAUAGUAAUUAGUGCUUUGUACAUUUAACCUAACUGACUUAAAGUUCUUCGUCUUGGCCCACAUGAAGAUACUUAACUUACCCAACCAGGUGUCCUAGUAAAGUCUACCUCAGUGUGGCAUAAUGGAUGUGGUUUUCUUUAGAAGUAGUUUGUGUUGCACUGGUGCUUUUGACAGUCCCAAUCUUAUCACAAAUAUAAUCCAAUUUAAAUGCCCUAUUUGUAUGUGGUGCCAUGCAUUGUUUGGUCAACCUUCUGCCUUUGAAUGUUGACUUGCUCUACCUUUUCUUCACCAACUGUUUCCCUGUCUUACUUGGUCCUUCACAUCACUCUUCUCCAACGCUACUUUUCCUUCACAUCACUCUUCUCCAACGCUACGUUUCACAUUUUUUUGGAAUAUCUACUAAUGCCAAGCCAUCAUCCCUUCCCGUUAAUUGCAUAGGGUACUUUUUAUUAUAACUAAAAUUAUUUCUAUCAAAGAAAGAAUCAUCAGUAAGGGGUAGCUACUGAACUGAGCGCACAGAUUCAUGGUUAUAUCUGAAAUUUGAAUAUGAAAUUUCAUUAGAAAUCUAAUUUAUAAAAGAUUAUAACAAUGUUUACUUUUUAUUUAAGCAUUUUCUGGUACUAAUUCUCUUGGACCACCCAUCCUAUUUUUGCCAUUAGGGAAACCUGAUCUUUUUGGCCAGUACAGUCUUAACAAAAUAAAAAUGAGCAGAGCAUCUCUCGGCUUUAAAACGAAUCUCUUUCCAGGCCAAUUCCGCAGUAGAUACUGAUGAAGAAUGCAGAUGUGGAACACAGAUUUUUGUUAUUCUGUUAAUGAUCUUGAACAUGCCUGGAGCAGAUUCGAUGGAGCUUUGUAGAAAUGUCCUCCUCGAUACAAGUAGAUACCCAUUUCUUGGGCAUUCAUAGCUCCAAUGAAAUGUGAAAUCUCACUAUUAAAUAUGGGAGUCCCAUAUUACAAUGGACCCCAUAAUAAAAGCAUCUCCACCUUCAAGUCAUUAGAGAACGGUGCUAUGCAUUGACCUGUAUAUGGGAUGUUCUCUUUUUCCAGGAUCCUGUGUUGAACCAGCAAUGGUAUAGAGCGGGGUCUCCUUAUUGUCCAUCUGUUGUUGAACAGAAAAUUCCAAGAUUCUAGGAGGAUCUGUAGAUCAACAACAGAUGGAGGACAGCGAAUAAAAUGCUACAUACAUCGAUCAAGGUUUAGAACUGCAUCAAUCAUUGGACUUUACAUUCUUCUUUGGUGCUGACUUUGCACUGAAAGUUUUGUUGAUGAUAAAUACUCUAUGGACCAGAAUGUGAUAGCAACCAGCGGGAAUGGAUUUAUGUUUAUGGGGCAUAGAAUAUUCAUAAUCUGUCUUGGCAUUGCCACCAGAAACAUGGUGUUCCCUGUAACACCAAGAUAUGAAAUGGUCAUCCCUCCAAAGCUGUAUUCACAGUAUUCAUUCUUGUCUUGUUUAGUUAGGCUGUGAUGAGAGACCGUGUAUGUGUAACUGGAUUUUAUUUGGAAAUAAAUGAGUUUCAUAUGUU